UAGCGGGGUUUACGAGCAGAGCAUGAAGGCAGCACCCGGAUCAAGCUGGAGGGAGUAACUCUGCGAAGCAACACAAGCCGCCAACACAAGCCUCUCACCGGCAUGACACCGCAGGGCGUCGGUACCGGAGGACCGAGGCUCGUUGAGUGAGCGUGUAGCUGUUGGUCGACAACUUUUGUUUCGGAGUUAGUCGACGUGUUGUUUGCGCUUCUUCCGUUGAAGCGGAGUUCUGCUUUCAGUCGGAUGGAAGUGAGUGAGACAGGUCAGCUGUAGACAGACAGACAGGCGGACAGACAGACGGCUCGGCGAAAAGUCUCUCUGAGGACAUACAGCGUCUCUUCAGUUCAAUGUCCACAACAAACUGCGCGGAGGAGCUGGACUUCAGACUUAUCUUUGAGGACGACGGCAGACCGGCUGCAGGUCCAGAUCUAGAUGCGAGGACGCCUCCCUCCUCAACACAGGCUCUGGCUGGGCAACCCCUCAGCCAUGAGCUGCAGAGUCACCCUUCAUAUUUCCCCACCACAGACAGCUACCAGCAUGUUGGCUGCCACUCUGAAGGGCACCAUUACAGCACCAAGGGCAACCCCAGAGCCUUUGACUGCCCCAGCAUUCAGAUCACCUCCAUUGCUCCCAACAACCAUGUGGAGCCCGGCAGUAGUCAAGUAGUUUCAGCAGUAGGUGGUGCAGAGGGGGGUUACCUUGAGGCGUCCUGGUCCAGAGACCAGCUCUACCUGCCUCUGGACCCCUGCUACCGAGACCCAGCACUCUGCCCAAGCCCCUGCAGCAGCCUGUCCUCUAGGAGCUGGAUGUCUGACUUAUCCUCUUGCGAGUCCUUCUCCCAUGUCUAUGAUGACAUGGAGGGGGAGCUGCGCGAUGCAGCCCGCCUUGCUCUGGGGUCUCCUCUCGGGUCACCUCUGGGGUCCCCAGGCUGUGGGGGUGGGGCCUUUGGGGUGGAGCUCUGGCAGCAGAAGUACCAGCAUCCUUCAGCCUUCAGCCCAGCACUGUCACCCCAUCAGUCACCCCGUCAGUCACCCCGCCAAUCACCCUGCCACUCCCCUCGCACCAGUGUCACCGAGGAGAGCUGGCUGAACCGCCGGCCCACUUCCAGGCCGUCAUCCAGACCAACCUCCCCGUGCGGGAAGAGACGCCACUCCAGUGCUGACCCUCAUGCCCGGUCACCCUCCCCUCACCACUCACCCAGCCCCACUCCUGGUGCCUCCCCACGUGGCAGCGUGACAGAUGACACCUGGGUGGGAAGUCCUGCUGGUGCCCCCGGACCCCUCCUAAUGUCUGGUUACCAGGAGCUGGAUGUCCCCUCCAAGACCAGGAGGACAUCAGGGAGCCAGCUGGGCCUCCUGACUGGUCAAGGAGACGCUGGUCUGGAGUCCUUUCAGGAUUCUCCCAGAGAAGACGGGCAGGAAAAAGAUGGCGUGGCUGUGCUGUUCCUUCAGGUGCCCUCCCACUUCAGCUGGAACAAACCCAAACCUGGAGCCUCUCCAUUGUUCAGGAUGUCAUCGCCACCUCCCUUGGACUGGCCUUUGCCCAAUCAGUAUGACCAGUGUGAGUUAAAGCUGGAGGUCCAGCCCAGGUCCUACCACAGGGCCCAUUACGAGACUGAGGGCAGCCGGGGAUCCAUCAAGGCAGCUACUGGAGGACAUCCUGUCAUCAAGUUGAAUGGAUACAGCGAGCAGCCGGUCAGCCUGCUGUUGUUUAUAGGCACCGCGGACGACCGAUACCUUCGGCCUCAUUCCUUCUACCAGGUCCACCGAGUGACAGGGAAGACAGUUACCACCAUCUGCCAGGAGAAAAUAAUGGGCUGCACCAAAGUCUUGGAGAUCCUUCUGCUUCCAGAAAACAACAUGUCUGCCAGCAUUGACUGCGCUGGCAUCCUGAAGCUGCGUAACGCUGACAUUGAGCUGAAGAAAGGAGAGACUGAUAUCGGCCGGAAGAACACAAGGGUGCGAGUUGUAUUCAGGGUGGCUGUUCCUCAUCCGGAUGGUCAGAUGCUGUGGCUGCAGACAGUGUCUGUUCCUGUGGAGUGUUCCCAACGCUCAGGCCAAGAGCUUCCUCAGUUGGAGAGCUUCAAUCCAACCAGCGGCUCUGUAGACGGAGGACAGGAGCUGUUCAUCACCGGAUCCAACAUCUCUGCUCAGUCCAGGGUUGUUUUCAUGGAGAAAGGGCCUGAUGGACGAUCACUGUGGGAAAUGGAUGCUAGAGUUCUAUCAGAAAAAGGCAGUGAAUCCAGCAUUGUGGUGGAGAUUCCUCCGUACAAUAAGAAGACAACUUGUCCAGUCCAAGUCCAGUUCUAUGUUUCAAAUGGGAAGAGAAGAAGAAGUCUAGCACAGAGCUUCACCUACCUGCCUGGAAUCAGACGUCACCCUUCGCUGGCUGCUGGAGUCAAACAGGAGCAUUGGGAGCCAGACCUUAUCUCCUUCUGUCCUCCCUCCGCCGAGGCACCCUCCCCUGACCAAGUGCUCAGCUCAGACGUAGUUUAUUAUGAUUCCUGUGACCUCCCGGUACGUUGUGGUCCUGCUUCCCAAAAUGCCCCCCGUCUCCACCACCCUCCUCCCUCCUCUGUCUCCCUUCAGACCUUAAUGUUUCCUCAGACCUCUUCCAUCCCUCUCCAUACUCCUUCCAUGCCUUCACAGACCACCCUAAGCCCCCAUCAGACCUUGAUUGCACUUCAGACUUCCGUCAUGCCUCCUCAGACCUUCACCAUCCCUCCUCAGAUGACCACGAUUCCUCCCCAAGGCUCUUCGGUCCCUCUUCAGAGCUUUGCCAUCUCUCCAAACACUUCCCUCGGGGGACCACGUAGGGGACAGUCUCCUGUUUCGCAAAGCUCGAGAAGUGCCUUUGUAACUGCCGCUGACCCCCAGAAGGAAGCUGUGCUGUCCAACCCAGGACCGAGGCUGACCAUCAAGAAGGAACCAGAGGACCAGCCAAAUCUGGGUUCUUUGGGCCUCCAUGAGAUCACGCUGGAUGAUGUGAAUGAGAUAAUCGACAGAGACAUUGGCAGCCUGAGCGGCAGUGCCGCUACAGUGCAGCCCGACCAGCUUGACCAGUACCACCGGUACGACUGGGAGCACAAGUCCAGCGACGCUGCCUUGCCAUUCUGUGGAGGCCCUCAGUAGCUCCACGGCUUUCUCAGGAGACAACUGAUCUUCAAGUGCCUGAAAACUAGUCAGCAGCCUCUCUUGCCAGGGUACCACAUCAGAUUACCGUUUCCUUGACCGUCUCAGGAAUUUCAGUGUGACUUCACUGGCAAACCAAAGACUUUUAAACUUUUCAUAACUGUAGAAUAUUACAAAAGGGCUGUUCGUUGAAUUUUUACACAAUUUUAACAAUUGGUCAUUUUAAUACAGAGGCUAAAGUUGUACAAAAGAAAUAAGAAAAUUUUGUCACUAUUUAUUGGCCAGUAAAUUUUAAAACAUCUAUUUUUGAUACUGUAGAUCUGGUCCAGUAAAAACUGUAGUCCUUCGGCUAAUCAUUUACAUUUUUAUAGCUUUGUUUUACUCUGUGGUUUACAUUUUCUUCCCUGAAUUACAUUAAUGCUGUUCAACCUGAAAUUCUGUGACGUGAAGCCUAAGACACUGAACUGUAGAAAUGUACUGUGAGGUUGAAGUAAAAAGAAAAUAUUUGGUA